AUGUCAUUUUUCAGCUUCAUGAAAAUUUUUAGACUGGGUCCUGAGAAGAAAAAGGUGAAACAGUACCAGCACCUUAAGAGAGAUGUGGAUCCUGAAGACGUGUGGAGGGUGAUUGGAGAACUGGGAGAUGGGGCCUUUGGCAAAGUUCUCAAGGCACAGAACAGGGAGACAGGGGACAUUGCAGCUGCCAAGGUAAUAGGUUCAUUGGACGAGGAGGAGCUGGAAGAUUACAUGGUGGAAAUAGAGAUUCUGGCCUCGUGUGAUCAUCCUAACAUUGUAAAACUCCUCGAUGCUUUCUACUAUGGAAACAGCCUUUGGAUUCUCAUUGAGUUUUGCCCUGGCGGCGCUGUCGAUGCUAUUAUGUUGGAACUGGAAAGAGGGUUGACAGAGCCACAGAUUUGUGUUAUUUGCAGACAGACACUCGAAGCACUCCACUACCUCCACAAUAACAAGAUCAUCCACCGGGACCUGAAAGCUGGAAAUAUCCUUCUGACACUGGACGGAGACAUUAAACUAGCUGAUUUUGGAGUAUCUGCACAGAAUGCUCACACCAUCCAACGGAGAGCAUCAUUCAUCGGGACACCCUAUUGGAUGGCUCCAGAGGUUGUCCAGUGUGAAACUUCAAAAGAUGCACCCUACGACCACAAGGUUGAUGUCUGGUCUCUUGGAAUCACGCUGAUUGAGCUGGCUGAGAUGGAACCUCCGCACCAUGAGCUCAACCCAAUGAGGGUCCUCCUGAAGAUCACAAAGGCACCCCCUCCGACUCUCUCCCACCCUUCCCAAUGGUCACCAGAUUUUAAAGAUUUCUUACGAAGAGCUUUGGAAAAAAACGUAGAUGCUCGAUGGUGCGUAAAGCAGCUUCUCCAGCACCCAUUCGUUACUGCGGUGGCAAGCAACAAGCCAAUCAGAGAGCUGAUUGCUGAAGCCAAGGCCGAAGUGAUGGAGGAGAUUGAAGAGGGCAAGGAGGGUGAAAUGGAGGCUCUCGCAUACCAGCCGUGUUCCGUUAGUGGGCUCAACACAGAGGAGGAACAGCCAAUGAACAUCACCGAGGCUUCGCUGGAGGAAGAGUCAGUAAGCGAAGGGCUGGUUGAUGACGGUAGUGCUGUUAACUCAACUUUGAGCAGCACUGAGAACGACAAAGCCAGCACUGGCGAAUCAAUGGAGCACUUGGCCAACAGCAAGGAGGUGCGCACGAUUAUAGGCACAGGUGAAACAUGGGAAAAUGAGGGAAUGACAGUGGUCAAUGGCUUCCCCAAUGAGGCUGAUAUGGGAAGUGCUGAGGAGAUGCAUUUGGAACACCCUGUCGCAAGAUCUAAUCUCACGAACGUUAAUCAAGAUGGUGAGCUCCUGAUAAGUCCACAAGGUUCAACGGAAUUGCAAGUGAAGAUAAACAAUGCUAUCCUAAGUGAGACAGAGCAAGAGUGUGAUAAACCAAGCAAUACCAUUGAAGAAUCUGAGCCUGUGAAGGACAAAGAAUUGGGAACUGAUUUUGAAGAGCUGACACACUCAGGAAUUGAAGACUCUAGCUGUGCAGCGCCAAAAGUGGAACAGGACGAUGGAGAGUCGAGACUGAGCAAUGAGGACUUAAGGAUAGAAUCCACUGGCCCAUCACCUUCAAGGGGAGAGGAUCCAGCAGAGUCACCCGGACUAUUAUCUGGAGAGACAGAAAAUGAGGUGUCCAAGAUUUUGGAAAACCCAUUGACAGAAACCACAGGAUCAGUGGAAGAUUCUGCAGUGGCAGAAAUAAAUGUGGUGACUCCAGAGGGGAGUCCAUCAGGAGCGCUACCUGUUGAAAUGUUUGAAGAUACUAACGUGGAGUCAACACAGGAAGGGACCGCCAUUCUUUCUCUUGGACCUGGGAGAGCUGAGACUGUAGUGUCAGAUCAGAAUGCUUGUGACAGAGAAUGUGAAACCUUUACAGACACCAAAAUAAUGGCAGUUGUCCAAGAUUUCCAAAUCAGCGGUCAGGAUCUAAAGGAAGAAAAGUUAAUUUCUCCCACUCAGCCAACUGAAAAUAGUGGUCGACAUCAGAAAGAUGUUCUACAGCUAUCCGAAAAUAUUGUAAGGACUGAUGGAGACUCUCAGCUAUUACCAUCUGUGUGUGUGGAGCCUGCAGCUGGCCGAGUGGAAGAGACAAAGGCAGAGGGAUCUGAUUCGGAGAACGCAAAUAACGAAACGCCCGAUUCCACAUUGGAGCAGUCAGACAAGAUUGUUGGGAAACUGGUUUCAGAAGUAAUGCACAGAAGUAGGAGCGAAGGCUCGAUUGAAUCUCUUCAGUGCGAAGAGGCAGCAGGUCAUUUGACGAAGAUUCCAGAACUGAUCAAGUCUUCAGUCGAGAGGACGGGGGCUGCACACGGAAGUGAGGAAACCAUCGGGACGGAAGAGCCUAAGCUUUUGGAGUGUGAAGAAACCGUGAUGCCACGAACUGUAACAACGGCGGACGAUACUCAAUCUGUCAACAAGGAAACCGCAGAGCCGGGACUUGACGAUUUAACUGAAGCUGAGGAAGGUGGAUCCAACUGGGGUGAUGAUGUUGCCAUAGUAACCUGCAUUGUAAACGAACUGAUCGACCUGGUAGUGGCCAACGAUCGGGAAGAGGAGGUGAGCGACUCACAAGAGAGUGAGCAAGAAAUUGCGCCAUGCCUUCCGAAAGGUGCAGGUUCCCUCAGCGGAGAAGGUUUCGUUGAAGAGGUCAACAGUUCCGAUGGAGGGAUGAACCCUUCAAAAGAAUCUGCUGAGAGAGAACAGGAGGAAGAAUGUGUGAACAAUCACGCGGCAGAGGAAGAAUCGUGUGACCACCUGAGGGAACAGGAGAAGCACGAACAAAGAGGACAGAUUGAGGCCAACGACGCCGCACCUGCCGAAGACACUUCAUGUAACCAGAAAAAUCAAAUCUCUCCAGAUCCCCUGACGAAGAUCCUCGAACCAGCAGUUUCCAAGGAAACUGAAAGAUUGGAGGCAAAUGGCUUCACCAUUGUGGUGGGAGAGACACAACAUCUUUCUACUGCAAAUCCUGCUUUGGUUGAACAUUCACAGGAGAGUGCGAUUGGGGAGAGGAGAGUUUCCUACCUUUGUGGCAUUGAGGAACUUGAAUCAAAUCGAUCCCCUGCUUGCACUCAUGAUGUGUUUUAUAAACAGAGGCACUUUGACGAGUUUGAGGAAGAAGAUAGACCCACACUGCGGAAGACAUUAAAGAAGACCCGAAAAUUUGUGGUGGACGGUGUGGAAGUGAGCGUCACGACAUCGAAAGUGGUCAGCGAAGAUGAUAAGAAGGACCAAGAUAUGCGGUCGGCCAGGCGCCAGGAGCUGCGGGAACUUCGACUCCUACAGAAGGAGGAGCAGCGACUGCAAAGCCAGCUUGACCUGAAGCUGCAGCAACAACGGGAGCAAAUGAUCCGGCAAAUUGAGCAGGAAAUGAUGAACAAGAAGCAAUAUUAUGACCAGGAGAUUGAAAACCUGGAGCGGAACUACAGACAGAUUAUUGAUCGGCUAGAGCAAGACUACGCCAACCGACUGCGCGAUGAGGCAAAACGCCUGAAGGCACAACAAGCAAAAGCGUUCGCAAAAAAUCGUCAAUCGUUGAAUGACAAGAAGCAAGAACAAGAAUUCAUCCAAAGGCAACAACAGGAACUGAACGAGGGUCUGCAAAAGAUUGUUCAGGAGCGGAAGACAAAGAUAUCAUCCAUGGCUUCUGAGCGGUUGAUGAAAGGGCAACAGCUCAAGAGAGACCGUGAGUCGGUGGUCUGGGAUGUGGAGCAGCGCCAUCUGCAAGAGAAAUAUCAUCUGUUCAAGCAGCAAGUGAAGGAACAGUGUUCGCUGCAGAGGCAACUGCUGAUGAAGCGACAUGAGAAGGAGACGGAGCGAAUGACCCACCUCCAUGGCUGUCUCCUCGAGGACCUGAAGAGCCAGCAGGCGCAGGGGAGGGCUCGUCUUCCCAAGGUGCAGCGUAACGACAGCAAGGUCAGACUGAACAUCUUCAAGCAGAGCCUGAAGAUCAAGGCCGUGGGCUCAGCGGAGCAAAGGGAGCUCAUCAAACAGUUUUUAGCCCAGGAGGAGGUCCAACAGAAAGAGGAGAGGCAACAGCAACAGCAAAAACACGAAACUCACCUCAAGGAGUUGCAGAAGCAAUGUGAUAACAACAUUGUGGAGUUACAGCAGCUUCAGAACGAGAAAUUGAACCUCCUGGUGACUGGCGAGAAGGAGAAGCUGAAGACACUCGAUGAGGAACACACAAUGGAACUGAAGGAAUGGAAAAAGCGGCUGGCAUCUCGCAAAGAGAUCCUCGAGGAAGAGCUGUUCCAUAAACGGCAGCAGCCAGAUGCCCCUCACAGGCGGAGCAGCGAGCCGAACGCCUCCAAGUCUUCGUUGCACCGCAUCUCCCGGUUCUUCCCCCUGCCCAACUUCCCGUCGUAGGUGACCUCCGCUCGCUGGCUCCCC